UUGCGCGGGGUGCGGCUGUCGGGGAGGCGGGCGGAGUGUGUGUGAUUGAUGGGGCGGCAAGGCGGGGCCCGGGUGGCGCAGCCAUUUUCCGGAUGCGAGAGGGUUCACUGGUUCUCGGGAGCUCGACCGACUCGCAGGCGGCCGUCGCGCAGAAUGGAGGGUCCAGAACCUAAAGAACCAGAGCAGAUACGCAAGCUGUUCAUUGGCGGAUUGAGUUUUGAAACAAAUGAAGAUAGUUUAAGGAAGCACUUCGAGCAAUGGGGACAACUAACAGAUUGUGUGGUGAUGAGGGAAGUGUUAACAAAACGUUCAAGGGGAUUUGGGUUUGUGACCUAUUCCAGUGUAUCAGAAGUAGAUGCUGCCAUGUGUGCUCGACCACACAAGGUUGAUGGUCGUGUUGUAGAACCAAAAAGAGCAGUAUCAAGAGAGGAUUCUACAAAACCUGGUGCCCACUUAACAGUGAAGAAAAUAUUCCUUGGUGGUAUUAAAGAAGAUACUGAGGAGUAUCAUCUAAGAGAUUACUUUGAGAAGUAUGGCAAGAUUGAAAAUAUUGAAGUUAUGACGGAUCGUGGCAGUGGAAAAAAACGAGGAUUUGCUUUUGUCACAUUUGAUGAUCAUGAUUCUGUUGACAAAAUUGUUGUUCAAAAGUACCAUACUGUGAAUGGACACAACUGCGAAGUGAGGAAAGCACUUUCGCGACAAGAGAUGCAGGGUUUGGGCUCUCAGAGAGGACGGAGUUCAGGAGGCAGUGGUAACCCUGGUAACUUCAUGAAUCGAGGUGGAAAUUAUGGUGGUGGAAACGGAGGAAAUUUUAAUCGAGGCGGGAAUUUUGGUGGCAGAGGCAUGGGAAAUUUUGGAGGAGGCAGGGAUGACUACGGAGGUGGAGGAAGUGGCGGAUAUAAUGGAUUUGGUGAUGGUGGCAAUUUUGGAGGUGGCCAUGGUUACUCUGGUAGAGGAGGAGGAUAUGGCGGUGGUGGCCCAGGUUUUGGCAACCAAGGUGGUGGUGGUGGAGGAGGAUAUGGUGGUGGUGGCUAUGACAACUACAAUGAAGGUGGAAACUUUGGAGGUAAUUUUGGUGGUAGUAGUGGAGGUGGGAACUACAAUGACUUUGGAAACUAUCCUAACCAAUCAUCAAAUUUUGGACCCAUGAAGAAUAGCAAUUAUGGGCGUAACUCUGGUCCCUAUGGUGGUGGUUAUGGCUCUGGUGGCGGUGGCAGCUAUAAUAGAAGAUACUGAACAUUUUAUCAAAAAUUGGCUAAGAAGUCAUCUUCCAUUUUUACUGUGACAAGUACAGUAAUGCUCAGUUUCAAGAAUGGUAAGAUUGGUGAAACAUGUAGUUUUAACUAUGGUAAUAUUUUUCCAAAACAAUAACUCCCAGGAUUGAUUCAUGAUCCAUUCGACAACCAGGUAUGGUAAUGAAACAAUGUAAUUGCAUAAUAUUGGGCAAAGUCACACAUGGCUCUAAUUUCAGGCAGUUUUUAUUCUCUAGGCCUUACAACAUGUUGACAAAGCAGUACAUUGUUGCUUAAUUAACUUGCAAGGUAGUUAGUAAAUGUAGAACAAAGGAGAGAUUCUUGGAGAAAUUGCUUGUUAUCACUGGAUUUGAUGCCUUCCAAAAUUACACCUGCUUUUAAUAAAGGUUUUUGACCCAUGUCUCGUUAAUGCUAUUCUUCAAUAUUCUUCACUCUUGAAUAAACUUCAAUUUCUGAAACAAUAACUUCUUAAAAAAAAGUUGAUACUAAGAUUAUUGUAGAUAUCAGAAAGAAAUGUACAGAAUUUUAUAUGUAAAACUGAAUAGUCCAGGUGCAGUAUUUUUCUAUUUCUUGUGAUGCUUUGCAUAAUUUUUCAGCCUCUAAUUUUUAUUAUUGGAUGAAGGAUGAAGGGUCUCAGCCCAAACCAUUAACUGCAUUUUCCUCCCAUAGAUGGUGCCCUACUGAUGUUGAAUACUACUAUUGUGUUAAAUUACUGCCUGAGGUUUUAAAACAUUACAAUAUAAUUGCUAGAUCAGUCAAAUCCCAUCAUAUAUUCAAUCUCCCUAGUAAAACAUUUGGUACGUAUUUGAGUAGAUAUUUGCAGUCUCAAAGCAAAAUAAAACUCAACACGUUAUAUACUAUUGUAUUCCAAGCAGAAGUGAGGUGGAACAGCUAGUGGUGAGAGAAUGGCUGGUAUGCUGAAAAUCCUACAAGUCAUCAGUUCUGGGAGUUAAUGACUAGAGCACUUUGGAAUGCUGGGUUAAAAAUGUUCCAACAGACAUAAUUGGAGCUUCCUGGGGUUUAGUAAUUGAGAAAUACUGACCUGAGAAUAACUGCCCUUACCCUAUGACCACUUCAGUCCUGGCUCUGGGAACAUAGUUGGGGAAUAUUUCCAAAAUAUGGUGACUGUUAAUGAUGGGGAUGAGCAUUAUUUGUAUUGGGUCACUGGAUCCUUUAUUUGUACCACAACCAGUAUUUUCUGAUGAUGAUAUUGGUCUUCCAGUUUGAGAGUCACACUAAGUAUCAAGGGGGAUGAGAUGUGAGCAUAAGACAGCAUUUUCAACCUAAGUAGACCAGCUUUUAAUGCUGGCAUUGAUACAUCUAUAGUUUUUGAAGUAUGAACACCAUAAGGUUGCACCUUUAAUGGGCCUUUAAUGUUCUGUGUGGUGGUUUUAUAGAAUCAUAAAGCAGCACGGCAGAGAAACAGGCCCUUCACUCAUUGAGUCCCAUUGACCGACACCUGGACCAUAGCCCUCCCACCUAGGUAUCUGCCAUGUCCACUGGCAACUCCAUUGGAGUAGAGAAGUUCCCAGUCUGUAGGCUGUAUGCAUUUACUCCACCUAUACCCCUCAAUUUUGUAUGUCUCUAUUAAAUCUCUCAUUCUCACAAUCUCCAGGAAAUUUCUCAUUUUUACCAUCAGGUAGGAGAUACAGAAGCCUGAGGGCACACACUCAGCGAUUCAGGAAUAGUUUCUCUGCCAUACAAUUUCUAAAUGGACAUCGAACCUGUGAACACUACCUCAAUUGUUUUGAUUUUCUGCUUUUGCACAAUAUGGAUAUACUGUAUUUCUAUAUUGUGUUGCAUUGAACUGCUGCUGCUGUUAAGUUAACAAAUUUCACAACACAUGCCAUUGAUAAUGAAGCUGAUUUGGAGAUGAAGUUUUAACCUGUUCAACCUUUCCCUAAACAGCUUCUUAAGUUGUAGCAGCAUCCUUGUGAUCUCAAAGGCCAUUUAUUCAUUCUUAGUCACCCCAUGUGAUGCAUGUGAGAGGUUGGGAUCUUAGGGUUUCAAAUGAUACUGAUGAAUAUAUUUGCAGGGGAUGCAAUUACAAGCAAUCACGUUUUUUUUGCCUUGUAGCCAUCAAAAAGACUUCAGAGGGCAGAGGUAAGUCGCAGAGUAUUCCCAUUCUCUAAUAUGACACAAUUUUAAUUUUGCUUAUCCAGUUAAUGUUCUGGUCAAUUGUGUCGGUGUGAACUCAGAUGGAGUGCAAUUAAAUGACAAGGACCAGUGUGUGUGCGUUUCAUUUAGCAACUCGUGCCUAUGGAUAUCCUCUGCAUAAUUGAAGUGUACCUGGUGAUAAGUCAUAUUGUGUGACAUGUUGCUGCUAUUGAACUGUAAAGACUAUUGGGCUUAGAAAACUUGGGGAACAUUUGGAAUGAUGACUACAACUACCACGUUUUCCAACCAUUUUUAUGUCCUGGAUCCUAGGUUGGGAACCCCUGCCUUUAGAGCUUUAUCCCAGCCCAUGGAGAGCAAGUCCAGGCAAAAUCUGCUUAGCAUGCAUAUAGCUUUUAAAAGAGUUGACAUAUUGAGGAAAAGUCAUUAGAAUGAACCGUAAGACCAUUGGCCAAGCAUCAAGCAGCAAUACAUUCCAUAGCACUACACUAAUAAAGCAAGUUAUGCCAAAAUUUGCUCUCAUCCUGAUUUUAUUUACCUUUCACUAGAAAAUAGAGCAAAAUGCAUUUUUCCCCUCCAUAAAAGUAGUGUCAAAAAUCGUUGCAACAUUUGUGUUUGUUUCUCUGUUGCUCUCAACCCUCUACUAUUCCCUAAUUGACCAAAUCCCACUCUAAUCUGACAACCUUGACAACUUUUCAAAAAUCAAGUUGCAUGACAGGAAGACCUGGACUUUCAAAUCUGAAUCGAAGAUCAAACAACUGAAGUGACCAAGUAAAAUUGUAAUUAAACUAUAUUCGUCAAAGGUUUGAAAUGAACUUUGGCCAACACAACUACCACAUGGCUAAAUGUUAUUAUAGCAUGCUAAUUGCACCUUUGUAAUGUCAAUAAAUAUAUUGCUGGGUACACUGAAUAUUUUGCUUUUACUACUGGAAGUUCAUUUGCUGUUAGUGGUUUUUGACUACUACAAACCAUUCCCUCCAGAUGAAAGACAGCCUAACUAAUUAUCUCUGGGACAUACAUCAUGGUGAGCAAAUUGCCACAGUACGUUUUGGACAUUCGGCAGUCAUUGAAUUGAGUUAUCUAAAUGCUAAAGAAAUACGGAUUCUGCUCCCUAAAGCUUGAACGCUUUUGGUAAUUAAGAGGAACCAUUCUAAUAGUUAAUCUGAAUUAAAAGCAUUUGUAAAACAGUCGUGAUUGAACCCGCUUACGGUGAAGAAAGGAUCUUCUUUCUCGUAUACAUUUGUAUGUGCGGCAAAAAAAAAUCAACAAUUGUAGCAAUAAAGAACUAUAUAAGUAAACCGUUUAAAGUAUCGAUUAUGAAAUACAUGCCUAAAUCCAGAACUACCAUCAUGCAUUUGCAAUGUACAUACCAUGUUACAUUUUAAGUGAAGAUCGUAUCAUUUUCAAUGAAAUUAAAGUAGCUAUUUGUGCAAUUUGUUA